CCCCCAAUGAAUUGAGUGUCAGAUAAAACAUCACCAAGCUGAAGUUUAUGUACCUGAACACUUGUGGGAAUACUGUAAACUAUGUUGAGUUGUCACUUAAGUAGUAUGCGUUGAGUGAUGUCCUUCAAGGAUGCCCACUUUCUCCAUUCUUGAUCAACUUUAAGGCAGAAGUCCUUAUGAAGGUCUCUUCCUCGUUUUCUGACUUCACUGAGGUCGAUAUUAUCACAAGAGAGUCUUUUGUAGAUCAAGAGUGUGCUAAUUACAUGGUCCUGUUGGGUGAAUACACUAACAAGAUGAAAAGUCAUAUGCGCAUCUUGAGUGACAGUUUGAAAAUGCUUAAGAUGCGUUGCUCACCACCACCUAAACGCAAGUUUUUGCUCCUGCACAGAUCUUCACUAGUGCCUUGUCUAUCAAUACAGAGUGAAAUGGUUUAUCGAGUUGAACACCUUUUUCACCUCGGAAGUCCGAUCAGCCAUGGAUGACAAGUGGCUGAAGAAAUCCCUGCAUGAACACAAAAGGGUCAAUUAACUCGCACCAAC